CAACUAAGGGAGACAAAAAAAAAGAGAAUGAGGAAAAAAAAGAAGGAAAAAACGGAGAAGGAUGGAUCAUGGAACAUAGAGUAGAUCGCCGAGAUCCAACGACCUAGGCAUGGCGGGCGACAGAAUCGAUGGCAUCACACGUACGUUGUCGUCCCUUUCGACGUGUGUUCUCCAUCUCCGUCUCUCGUGCGAAUCCAGACAUCCAUGUCUCUCUCCUACUCUUCUCGACCCCUUCACGUUUUCUUCGUUUCUUCUCUUCUUAUUCUCAUCCUCGCCCCUUCUCUCGCUUCUCAUCCCUCUCUGCUUCCUCCGCCAUGGCUCCCGCCUUCGAGAAACGGCAACACGGAAAUGGCGAUUCGAAAUAUAGGGUUACGGUCGUGGGGAGUGGGAAUUGGGGAAGUGUCGCUGCUAAGCUCGUUGCUUCCAAUGCACUCAAGCUUCCUUCAUGUCACGAUGAAGUGAGGAUGUGGGUGUUUGAGGAGGUUUUGCCAAAUGGCGAGAAGCUUACUGAUGUUAUCAACAAGGCCCAUGAAAACGUCAAAUAUCUCCCUGGGAUUAAACUAGGAAGAAAUGUCAUUGCGGAUCCAGACCUCGAAAACGCAGUGAAAGGAGCAAACAUGUUGGUCUUUGUUACACCACAUCAGUUCAUGGAUGGUAUAUGUAAGAGACUAAGGGGAAAGAUAGAUGGAGAUGUCGAGGCAAUAUCUCUUGUUAAAGGGAUGGAGGUGAAGAAGGAAGGCCCCCGUAUGAUCUCCAGUCUCAUCUCCGAGCAACUCGGUAUCAAUUGCUGUGUUCUGAUGGGAGCUAACAUUGCAAACGAGAUUGCCGUGGGGAAGUUCAGUGAAGCAACAGUUGGACAUAGAGGGAGCAUAGAAGUUGCAGACACAUGGGUUCAGUUGUUUUCUGCUCCUUAUUUCAUGAUAACGUCGGUUCACGAUGUGGAAGGAGUAGAGUUGUGUGGUACCUUGAAGAAUGUUGUGGCCUUAGCAGCGGGUUUUGUGGACGGGCUGGAAAUGGGUAAUAACACAAAGGCUGCAAUCAUGAGGAUUGGUCUGAGAGAGAUGAGAGCGAUCUCAAAGCUUCUGUUUCCAUCUGUGAAAGACAACACGUUCUUUGAGAGCUGCGGAGUCGCAGAUGUCAUCACAACAUGCUUAGGAGGAAGAAACAGAAGAGUUGCUGAAGCAUUUGCGCGAAAUGGAGGAAAAAGGUCUUUUGAUGAACUCGAAGCAGAGAUGCUUCAAGGUCAAAAAUUGCAGGGUGUCUCGACGGCGAGAGAGGUCCACGAGGUUCUGAGCCAUAACGGGUGGCUCGAGCUGUUUCCACUUUUCACAACCGUCCACGAGAUCUCCACAGGCCGGCUUCCACCAGCAGCCAUCGUUAAAUAUAACGAACAGAAGCCUAUUGGCUCCGUUUGAUAACACAUGUCUCAGCUUCUGUCUCUAACAGUCAUCCAUUCCAUGAUCUUUCACUUCGGGAAAAACAUAAGAAGAGAGAAGCACGGUUGAGAUCGAUCCUGAGGAUCGAGAUUUUGCGUUUCACUGUUAAAAACCUACGUAAAGUUUACAUCUUUCUAUCGUUUUUUGACAUGCUCGAUGAUGUCCUGAUGUAAAGUGUAGUUCUGUCAUCUGAAAAGGCGGUUUUCCGUUUACAAAGAAGCUGUUUUCCGGUACUUUGAGAAAGUGUUAGAAGUGAAGAGAGACUUGGAUGUUGUAAUCUUCCA